AUGAAACUAGCAAAAGCAUUAUAUUUUGUUGCCUUUUUAUUGGCCAUAAAAGUGUUAACUCCAGGAUAUAAUAAUUGUGUUGAAGCUAAACCCGCAAAUUCAAAAAAAGUAACCAAAAGUGGUAAUAAUGCAUUUAUUAAAAAAAUUAAAAAUAACAAGGUUGCAUUUAUAUCUACAUUAGCCGGAACAAUCGCAUUAGUAAUUGGUACUACGCUUGGUGUAAUGCAUUUUCAAAAGAAAGAAAGUGAUGACAAUUCAUCACCAGACAGCAAAACGCCCUUAAUUGUUGCGCGCAAAAACACAAACUUGGUAUCAGAUAAUAAAAAUAUACUAUCAACAACAGAAACUAAUAAAAAAUCAUCAACAAUAGAAACUAAUAAAAAUACAUCAACAAUAGAAACUAAUAAAAAUAAACCAUCAACAAUAGAAACUAAUAAAAAUAAACCAUCAACAAUAGAAACUAAUACAAAAUCAUCAUCAUCUGAUAUUAAUACAAACCCAUAUCGAUAUAACUUACGUUAUUUGUAA